AUGUCCUCUAUUCCUGGCCUAUCAUGGGUGCUGUUUCUCCAGCACCAGCACCUUAUGUUAGGAAUGGAGACUCUGCAGUAUUCUAUACUACAGGUCCUCAAGAAUACAAUUGUAAAAUACCGCACCACUCAUAAUGAGCAAGUUUCCUCAUGGCAUUCCACAAUGAAUUCCAGGGACAAGGACAAAGUUCACGUUGAAUGGGUGCAGCACUGGAACAACGUCUUCAAGGAGCUGCAGCAGUAUGUCAAGACUCACCACACCACAGGCCUCUCCUGGAACACUCGUGGCGGCAACGCAAUGUCAAACCUGAAGGCUGCUCCAGCUAACUGCGGUGUUCCUCCCCCUCCUCCUCCUGGCAUCCCUCCCCCUCCCCCAAUGGUCCCACUGGUGCCAAAAGCCGUGGCCGCGGAGGAUGACGGCCGAGCUGCACUCUUCGCCUCUAUCAAUAAGGGAACAGAUAUCACAUCCGGGCUCAAGAAGGUGGACCGCAACGCACCUCGUCUUCCACCAGGGGUGUGGACGCCACAGACAGUUAGAGAUGAACAGAAAACCCACAAAAACCCCAGUCUGCGUGAGGGACCAAAACCAUUCGUCAAGCAGACCGAGACUACCCCUGUCCGUGCACCCACUCGCGAGUCACCGGAACGCCCUCCCAAGUUUGCUCUUGAAGGGAAGAAGUGGUUUGUGGAAUACCAGAAAGACAAACCAAGUCUUGUGGUCGAUAAUGCUAGGAUGGAUCAUUCUGUGUACAUCUUCAAGUGCCAGAACACAGUGGUUCAAGUUAAGGGUAAAGUUAAUUCAGUCAUAUUAGACUCCUGUAAGAAGUCUGCUGUAGUAUUUGAUAACCUGGUGUCUUCUGCGGAGGUUGUCAAUUGUCAGUCGUGCAAGGUCCAGGUGAUGGGCAUUAUGCCAACCAUCACGAUUGAGAAGACCGAUGGUUGCCAUGUAUACCUGAGCAAAGAGUCUCUGAACACAGAGAUCAUUUCAGCCAAGUCCUCAGAAAUGAACAUCCUCAUCCCCAAAGAGGAUGGAGAGUUUGUAGAGUGUCCUGUUCCUGAGCAGUUCAAGACGGUGAUCAAGGGCCAUUCCCUGGUCACUACAUGUACCGAAAAGGCUGGUUAGAAUCGGUAAAACAAUGCUCAUGUAGAAGUAGAAAAUAAGAAAAGAGAGGAUAAUUUGGAACCUGGCACAAUUAAUUUACUUGAUUUAAAACAGAAUUGUAUACAUACACUAAGAAAACACAUUUGAGGAUAUUUAUUGGUGCUUGAUGUGAAUAGUCAUCCCAGGAAGUGAUUUUUUAAAGGAUUUGUGAAAAAUGGAUUCAAGAAAUGUCCAAAUUUUGUAGUGGAUUACAAUUUGAUUUAUGUAGUUUUGAUUAAAGAAUUUGGCGAGUCCUCAGUGAAUUUAAGGUUUAAUAAUGCAAGCACAAGAAUAAUUAGUAUCAGCUUUUUAUACAAUCAAUAUGAUGCCAGUGUUACAUUAAACAUAAUUUAACUACAAAUAAAGUAUUUAAAGGAUUGGCACCAAAUUAUUUAGAUGUUAUGGCUUGAUUUAGUAAUUGCCAUAGUGUGCAAUGAGAUAGAAAAACACAGUCAAUGAAAUGAGACUUCCUUCAGUUAAAAUAUUAGAAAGGAUCAUGAAUUUGUUAAUAGUUCAUCUAAUUUGUGAUUCCAUUUCCCCCACCAAGUCAACAGUUAGCUCUAGACUGUAUCAGUUAUUUAUCCAAAAAACAACAACAUUAAAAUCGAAAAGUUUGAAGCUUUUUUACUCAUAUGAAUGUAAGACACAAUGUUACUCAAGAGCACAAGUUAUUUAGAACCAGUGUGAUUCCUCCUCUAAAUAGCCAAAGAAUUGUUUGAAAAAAUGCGUAUGGAUAAGGAAUGUAUGAGAAGAGAGAUAUUUAUAACCUUUGUAAAGUGAUGCUUACAAGAUCAAUGGGAAUGAUUUAGCCAAAGUUUGUAUUGAAGGUAAUAUAAUCCAGGGUAAAAAAAAGAUAAUAAUAAUAUAGAGGAACAAUAUCAGCAUACUGGUAAGGCAAGUCUGUUUCUUCCUUUAGAAAUAUUUCCCACAUUGUCAUGGUUGCCACUUCUGGAAUUAGUUUGUCUCAUUCAUUAUCCCUAGAAGAAGAAGAAAAAAUCAUGGUAGGGAUACAUGUUGCUACUUUUAUAAGAAGAAAAGCGAUUUUUACACAAAUUUUGAAUGAGAUCUUUCAUUACUCUACUUGAUGCUGUAUGUAGUUUAGUCCCAUAAUUUAUUAUUAUUCCUCUAGUUUCUUUACCAACAACUGGUGAAUUUGGAAAUGUAUUAGACAGUGGCAUAAUUAUCACACAGUAUGGGAAAAUCUAGCCUUUUUACUUUGCUUUAUUAUAAUUAUAAUUGUCUACUGCAAAUGUUGAUUAACUGUACUCUUCCAUUUUAUAUGCAUAUCAGUAAUGAUUUUGAUUUAACUAAUAAAAUGUACAAGUGGGUACCA